AUGCAACUUUCUUUCUCUUCUUUAAGUAUUUUGGCUCUUGCCACCACGUCCUUUUGCUUGCCUCAACAAAAUUCUAAAGCAAAAAAUCUUGGUCUUAAUAACUUAGUCAAGCAAGUUCAAGGUCAUACAACUCAAGCAGUAGCACCUGCUCAGAAAACCAACGGAGUUACUUUAUCUGGUGGCGGUAUAGGUGCUGGUAUUGGUGGCGAGAUCUUCCCUGGAAUCGCUAUUGGAGCCGGAGUUGGUGCUGGUGAAGGAGACAUCGAGGCCGAUGGUAUCGAACUCGAAGGUGCUGGUGUCGGUGCAGGAAUUGGUGCUGACAUCGAUGGCCACUUGAUCGGUGUGGGUAUUGGAGCUGGUUUAGGAGGUAUUGUCCUCUAA